AACCUUUCAUUCUUGUAGAUGUUAAUCACAAUGUAAUUAUGCACUCUACGCAUUGUUAGAAUUAUGAUACUGAGAAAUAAGACAUUAAACAGAUAAGUCCGUUAAAAAAAUAUUGUUACGCAACAAAAAUUAUUACCAAAACUAGCGAAAAUGCCUAGUUUACGACCAGUGCACAUUAUAAAGCAACUAAACAAUACUCAUACAGCGUCCGUUAUAUUUUUACAUGGCUCAGGGGACACAGGACAAGGUGUACUCGAAUGGGUUAAAUUUCUCAUCAAAGGUUUCGCCUUACCACAUGUUAAAUUCCUUUUUCCAACAGCUCCGUUACGGCCCUACAUCCCAAUGGAUGGAGCGCUUAGCAAUGUUUGGUUUAAUCGCUAUGAUAUUACACCAGAGGUUCCUGAACAUACAGAAACUAUCGAAGACAUUAAGAUACAGAUCAAGUCUUUAAUUUCAGAAGAAGUAGAUGCUGGCAUACCCUUGGAUAAAAUUAUAGUGGGUGGGUUCUCCAUGGGAGGGGCUUUAGCCCUACAUACUGGAUAUCGUUUUGUUCCUGGUUUAGCUGGAGUGUUUACCUUAUCAUCAUUCCUAAAUGAUGAAUCUGCAGUUUAUAAAAAUAUCCAGUCUACAGAGACGCCUCUUCUGAUGUGUCAUGGAGACAAGGACACAUUAGUGCCAAUGUCAUGGGGAGAAUCGACAUUUAAUCAACUUUCAAAUUUAGGUGUUAAAGGUGAAUUUAUACCAAUAAAAAACACACUACAUGAGUUAAAAAGAAACGAGUUGGAAAAACUGUUACAAUGGAUAACAAACAUUAUACCUCCAACCUCAUAGCCCCUUAGUUUUAUACAUUGAAUACAAUUAUUAAGUAAUGUGAAAGCAUUUUAUUAAAUUUAUUUAUUUAAAAAAAUUCUUCCUUUUUACUACAAUAAACCCAAAGAACGUUCUACAACAGCAUGUGGCAUUCCUGCAACUUCUAUUGAUUCAGGUAUAUUGAAGACAUCAACAGGGUCUAUUUCUAUAUCUCGACCAGUUAAGGAUUCAAACAUGACAU